CCAAUAGGGGGUUAACCUGAGAGUCGUGAUUACCCAAAGAAAUGCGGGGAGUGUGGGCCACAUCACCCAGGGAUUGAGAGAGGAACCAGUAGAGGAGAGAGCAAACACAGAGGGCGGAAUUUACCAUAUCAAGAGCUUACAGAUUCAUGAAAAAAACUACCAGACAAAUUAAAAGUAGUUGGAACUUGGGUUUGCUUUGUUGAUGGAGGAUCAGAGAAAGGAUUCUGAGAACCUGGUACAUCAAUACUGGUACAUGUACUCCCUGCUUUGGAAGCCGGGUCAUCCAUCAAAAGAAGGCAAACAAAACUACUUAUCCUUGGUUGCAGAUCUUUUCAAGACCCCGCCCCUGCUUCCCAGACCAGUUUGUUUUCCUGCCCUUGGCCUGCAAUGUCCUGUCCCUGUUUUUGGCAUAGCUGACUGCUUUUAAACAUCCAAAUCUCAGUUUAAAUGUCACCUCCUCAGACCAUCUCCAAUCACCAAUCUAAAAGAGCACCAGUCAUCACGUCAAUUUAAUACACCCAGUGUAAUGCCUCCUCCUACCCCCACCCCCCAAAAAUACCUUUAAGAACAAAGACUUUGCCUCAUUCAGGGAUGAAAUCCCAGGGCCUAGAACUGAAAUGCCUGGCACAUGGUGGAUGCUCAAUAAACUGUUGGAUAAAAAGGAAUAGUCAUAAAAAAAGAGAAUGAAUUGUGGCCUUGCCCUGCAGGGAGGAGGAUGUGGGGAUGAACCGCAACACUGGGAGCAGAAGUGCACCUACUGCGUCCUUUCUUGCCUAAUCCCAUGCGGAGUGUAAGAACUUUCAGGCCCUUAAUCGCUUGGGGCCCGCUAUCAAGCUCUUUUACAAACAUUUCUCCAUGUUACUCUCACUUCAAUCCUCAAAGGAGGAUUGUAGAGUCUUCUGCAAGGUCAGCCAGUGACCUUUCUGGCCGAGCUCAGACUCAAACCCGAGUCAGCUCACUCCAAGGCCAAUACCACACAGGCCGGAGCACAGCCUGCUCGUUGCGCUGUACCCGCCCUGGUUCGGCCCCUGGCUCUCCCGCUCGAGCCCCGCCGCCCAAAACCCAGACGCCCCAGCGCCGAGCCCGGGUUCCGGGCGCUCACAAUCGUCGUCGCCGUAGCGCGAGGUGAAAUGGCCCAGCCGGCACCGCACGGCGGGCCGGGAGGAGCGGACGCUACAAGCAAGGCGGGCGCCGGUCCCGGGACACUAGCUGGGCCCGCCGGGCUCCGCCCAACAGCUGGGCGCCAGGCCCCGGUGUCCCGGCAACAGCCAGGUAAAGGGAAAAGAGGAAAAAGCCGGAACUUGCCUCAUGGGAAGAAGCAGAAGAAAUCCGAAGUGGACAUUCUCAGCCCCGCUGCGAUGCUGAACCUCUACUACAUCGCCCACAACGUGGCCGACUGCCUGCGCAUGCGCGGCUUCCGCUGGCCAGGUGCUCCCAAGACAAAGAGAGGGAAAAACAAGACUUAACCGAUAGCGUUGGCCAGCAUCUCUCUCUUACGGGGACCGGAGCUUGGAGAAAUCAGGAUCAUACAACUAUUGCAAGCAAAAUGGACUUUACUGAAGACAACGUGGGAUGCAAACUUUUCUGUGGUAGUUGAUGAUAAAGAAAUGCAUUUUAUUUCCUCAGCGCAAUCCAGGCGUGGUUAGCCACUUUGGUCUUUCAGAAGUUAAGGGGGAAAAAGAACUAAUUCCUACAUAGUGUGGUGGAAUCGAUAGGACUUUAAGAAAUUAUCAUAAUCCUGGGUUAGCAUUAAACCUUGCUCUCAAAAGGCAGUUCUAGCUUACAUGAGUUUUCUUUUGCCAAAGGGGAUUUGUUAUUUAAAGAAGAUGUGGCAAAGAGCACAGGAUUUGCAUAUGAAUGUCCCUCUCUUGGGCACUGUUCCCUUUCCUUGUCUUUUACAGAAAAAAAAUAAUAAAUAUUUUGUUUCUAUAAUUUUCUCAGCA